AUGGAGACCCUACUAUCUCACUCGUUUGACUACCUAUCCUCCACCGCGCCUCAGAAAAUCCGCAAGGGACUCCGUCAGGUGGAAGGGUUGCUCGCUCAACUGUGCCUCUCCAAGACCAGUCAUGGCGCCAACAAGCGACAAUCGAUGCUGCUGCUUGGAUCGACAACACUCUCACCACAGUCGAAGAAGCUCUCUGACUUACCCUCGGAUCUAGCGUUCCGCGAAUUCUUCAAACUUCAGCAGAGUUUUCAAUGGAAUAUUGCUAUGAGACUAGUGUCAUGUCUGGAGCGGUUGCUUGGAAAAGAAAGCAAUGGUACAAAUGAUAUGUUGAUCAUCCAGACCCUGGACCUGAUUCAAGGGGUGUUGCUACUACAUCCUCCUUCGCGGGCACUCUUUUCGCAGGAAAUCUACAUGAACCUAUUCCUCGACCUGCUGGACCCGUCCAACUGUCCCGCCAUUCAAUCAUCGACUAUAAUGGCCCUCGUGACCUCUCUCCUCGACCAGCCGCAGAACACUCGUACUUUCGAGUCCAUCGACGGGCUGCUAGUGAUCACAUCCCUCUUCAAGUCCAGAAGCACAUCCCGGGAAGUGAAGUUGAAACUCGUCGAGUUCCUGUACUUCUACCUCAUGCCGGAGACAAAUCCUCCGAAGAUCUCAAGUUCGACGUCUGCAACUAACACGGCAAUCCUCGGUGGCCGAGGGAAGGAAGUGAUUGCAGCAUUCGACCGGAGGAGAGAAACGGUGAACGGGCCAGAAGGUGGUGUUGGCGGAGCCAAGGGUCCGAAGAUGGACGGUCCUACCAGAACCACGGAGGAGAAGCAGAAUCUGCUAGGAAAGCAUUUGAGCAAUGUGCAAGAUUUGGUCGAGGAUCUGAAGGAAGGGGGCGGCGUCUUUGGUGUAAACGGGGUCUAG